AACAAUUUCAUUGACCCGAGGACUGUUCCCCGUCUAACCCACCCGAGUUCCGACCCCAGAUUUCGACCCCAAGUUCCCACACCUCGUAACCCCACGAUUUCAUGAUGGAUGAAGAGCAAUCCCCCUUGAUGCGAAUCCCCGCCGAAAUCCGCAUCAUGAUCUACGAAUACCUUCUCGACGAUGCCAGCGAAAGAAGACUUGCCGUCCGCAACAAGGCAAUGUACCAUUUGCAUACCGGUGCCCUGAGCACCUACCGCCGUACCUCGUACCGCAUUAUCGAGAGGUCGUUCCACAGGCAAUGCUUCGAGACGACAUACGCACAUCACCACCCGGCCAGCACCAAGUCCGUAAUGCACCCGGAAAUCAUGGCCGUCAACCGCCGCAUCCACCGCGAGACGAGCCACCUCCUCUACGGCCGUCCUCACGGCUUCGAUUUCGGUAGCGAUGUUGAGGCCGUGGUGCCCUUCCUCAAAGAUUUGACGCCAUCAUCCCGCUCUGCGAUCCAGGAACUCACGAUUCGCAAGGACGGGCCUGUGAUGCACUGCAAUAGCGAGAGCGAUAGACUGGACUGGGCGACCAUGUGCGCCUACCUCCGCCGGCUGGAUAAGAUGAUACCAAGGCUGCGCAUCGUUGUCGAGGGCGGAAGACCGACGGCGGCGUGGGAGGGGCCGCAGGCGCUGAGCGUCUCGGACCUGAGGCUGUUGGCGCUCAUUAAGCACGAUAGCAUGGAGUGGGUCGCUGAGUUGGCCAAGGUCGAGGGGAUUGAGAAGCUGGAGAUUGUGCCGAGGAUACGGCAUCUCCCCGCGCCCGGAACGACUGCAACGCUGCUGUUUGCUGCGUUUUCCGCGUCAAUUGAUACGGCGCUUGUUGGGUAUUUGCAGACGGAUUGCGGGCUUCCUGCCACGGCUGCGUCUCUUACAGCUUGAGACUGUUGGGCCUUCCCACUCGGGAAAUCGGGCGAGUAUGGACACGAGCCCACUGAUUGCGGGGAUGGAGCAAAAAUGGAGAGAAUGCGGAGUACUAUCUGGAUUUGGAUGGCGUUUUGUUGGAGUAAGGGGUUCAUGAACACACAUAUCCUACAUGAUGCGGCACUGGCACAUGGGUACGGAGUAAGCACACGGCAUGGUAUCAUUGGGGGAUGUGAAGAUACGGAUUUG